GACCGUUUUUCCUGCAGAUCUGUUUUGGGCACUGUCCUGGAAAAGAGAUGACAGCCGAAGGGUAGACGUGGAGAGUUUCUUAGACUACUUCUCUUUUGUUUUUAACGGUUUAUAUAGUUAUAAAGCUCCCACAAGUAGAUUUUGGUCAUUUUCAAACAGCAGAAGCAUCUUUCUAUAUUGUCUACAGGGCCUUGGGCCUCACUGGUUUGACAGCAAUGGUACUUAUUCUGGGCAGAAGACUGAACCGGGAGGACUCUGGAGUCCGUGAGUCUCCAGCAGUCAAGCGAAAGGUUUUGGAGAUGGACAGCAAGUCUCUCAGUAAUCAUGAUAUGUUCGAUUUCUCCUCUGGCCCGUGCCAUUCAGAGAGCAUCCUGCAGAUGUUCAAUGAGUUUCGUGACGGACGUCUGUUCACCGAUGUGGUGAUCAGCGUGGAAGGUCGUGAGUUCCCGUGUCACCGCGCCGUGCUGUCGGCUUGCAGCAGCUACUUCCGUGCCAUGUUCUGCAACGAUCACCGGGAGAGCCGUGAGAUGUUGGUGGAGAUCAAUGGCAUCCGUGCCGAAGCCAUGGACACCUUCCUGCAGUACGUCUACACCGGACGUGCUCAAAUCACCACGGACAACGUUCAGUUCCUCUUCGAGACCUCCAGCCUCUUUCAGAUCGCCACGCUGCGCGAUGCCUGUGCCAAGUUUUUGGAGGACCAACUUGACCCUUGCAACUGCUUGGGCAUCCAGCGAUUCGCCGAGGCGCACUCCCUGAAGCAGCUCGCCAGCCGUUGCCGCUCUUACGCACUGCAGAGCUUUGCCGACGUGGCCUUACAUGAGGAGUUUCUAGACUUGCGUAAGGAAGAGUUGGAGGAGUACCUCGCCAGUGAUGACUUAGUCACUGGAAAGGAGGAAACGGUUUUUGAGGCAGUGAUGCGUUGGGUGUAUUUUAACGUGGACCAACGCAGGAUCAUGCUGAAGGACCUUCUCAACCACGUCCGACUGCCCCUGCUGCAUCCCAAUUAUUUUGUCCAGACAGUUGAAGGUGACCAGUUGAUCCAAAACGCUCCAGAGUGCUAUCAGCUUCUGCACGAAGCCAGACGCUACCACGUGUUGGGCAAUGAGAUGAUGUCACCCCGAACCCGUCCACGCAGGUCAACUGGAUUUUCUGAGGUCAUCGUUGUAGUUGGGGGCUGUGAGAGAAUGGGGGGUUUCAACCUGCCCUAUACCGAAUGCUACGAUCCUGUAACCGGCGAAUGGAAAUCCUUAGCCAAACUUCCAGAGUUCACCAAAUCAGAGUACGCUGUGUGCGCGCUCAGGAACGACAUUCUGGUCUCAGGGGGAAGAAUCAACAGCAGGGAUGUGUGGAUGUACAACUCUCAGCUCAACAUCUGGAUCAGGGUGGCCUCCUUAAACAAGGGCCGCUGGAGACACAAAAUGGCCGUCCUGUUGGGGAAGGUGUAUGCUGUAGGCGGAUAUGACGGUCAAUCUCGGCUGAGCAGCGUUGAAUGCUACGACUCUUUCUCCAACCGCUGGACAGAAGUGGCACCCAUGAAAGAGGCCGUGAGCUCGCCGGCUGUCGCCAGCUGCGUCAACAAACUGUUUGUGAUUGGAGGAGGACCCGAUGACAACACAUGCUCCGAUAAGGUCCAAUGUUAUGACCCUGAAGCUGACACCUGGUUGCUAAGGGCCAACAUCCCUAUCGCUAAGCGAUGCAUCACGGCUGUAUCUCUGAACAAUCUGAUCUACGUUUCGGGAGGUCUGACCAAAUCCAUCUACUGUUAUGACCCCACUGAAGAUUAUUGGAUGCAUGUGGUGAACACGUUCAGCAAACAGGAAAGUUGUGGUAUGUCGGUCUGUAACGGUAAAAUCUACAUCCUGGGUGGGCGUGGUGAAAACGGAGAGGCGUCGGACAGCAUCCUAUGUUACGACCCGGCUACCGGCAUCAUCACGGGUGUGGCCGCCAUGCCCCGCCCCAUUUCUUACCACGGCUGCGUCACAAUCCACCGCUACAAUGAAAAGUUCUACCAUUCAUGACACUACGAUAACAAAAACACACUUUCACACAGGGACAUAGAGAAGUUGAGCCUUAUAGAUAAGGUGCCGUAAUAAUAAAUGUAAAAGUUAGUACCUGUGUGUUUCAAGGCCCCAGUUCACCCAAAACCCGUCACUUAAACCCACAAAUUACAAUGCCUCAUUUUAUAGUGCAGUACAAGUAUUCACAUGAAAAUUAAGACACACCCAGGUCAUGAAUGUACUGUAACUGUUUUGAAUUAUAACAUCCUGAUAAACAGAGAUAUAGGU